UCUCUAGAAAUUCCUUCCUCCCUCCCUCCCCUUUCUCUCUCUCUCACACACACACGCACAUCAUUCACCGGAGGGAUGGGGCAGCAAUCGUUGAUCUACAGCUUCGUCGCCAGAGGAACGGUGAUUCUCUCAGAAUACACGGAGUUCACYGGAAAUUUCACUAGCAUCGCUGCACAGUGUCUCCAGAAGCUUCCUGCUACAAACAACAAAUUCACCUACAACUGUGAUGGUCACACCUUCAACUAUCUUGUUGAAGAUGGAUUUACAUACUGUGUUGUCGCCGUUGAAUCYGUUGGUAGACAGGUCCCAAUAGCUUUUCUUGAGCGAGUCAAGGAGGACUUCACUAAGAAAUAUGGAGGGGGGAAAGCUGCAACAGCUGUUGCCAACAGUCUGAGCAAAGAGUUUGGUCCCAAGCUGAAGGAGCAGAUGCAGUACUGUGUGGAUCAUCCAGAAGAGAUCAGCAAGCUUGCAAAGGUGAAAGCCCAAGUCUCAGAAGUCAAGGGUGUGAUGAUGGAAAAUAUUGAGAAGGUUCUUGACCGUGGAGAGAAGAUUGAACUUCUGGUGGACAAAACAGAGAACCUUCGCUCCCAGGCGCAAGAUUUCAGGACGCAAGGCACCCAGAUCAGGAGGAAGAUGUGGUUGCAGAAUAUGAAGGUAAAACUGAUAGUUCUYGGAAUCAUCAUUGCUUUGAUUCUCAUUAUAGUUCUAUCAGCUUGUGGUGGCUUCAAAUGUGGCAAGUGAAAUACAUCUUUGCAUUGGGGGGUGGGGGAGGAUUUUAGGAUGGUAAAAAUUUCAUUCAUGUUAAAAAAAAUUCAGGGCUUCGUUGUUUUGUCCCAUGUUUAUUUGUUUGCUGCUGAUUUUGUUUUGUUAGUUUCAUUUGGGUGACACGAAGGCCUACCUUUUCAACCAAAAAAAAGCUUUAUAUUGUSAUAUAGUGGGUGGCUGUAUAGUUUGUACCUUAAGUACCAUUGACAUCUAUAGGGAGAACAUUUUGAUUGCUGUUAAAGCAAUGCUUGCACUCUUCUUUCAGG